AUGAAUCAAGCGUCUAUACCCUCAAAGAUCCCUUUCACUCCCACUUCGACUUAUGAGUCAUUCAAACCCCAACCAUGGCUCCCAAUAGAGGAGUACCCCGACCCUCUCCUGUAUCCCGAGUUGCCCUCCAAACCUCGCUCGCCCAAUUUCAGCGAGAACUACACUCUCAGCACACAUAUCGUUCCCGCCGCGUACCCAAGGUUCACUCCGGAGACCCCUUUACCCGAGAUUCAUCCGUUCACCGGCAACUCAACAGAACGGAUGACGCAGAUUUCGGAGCUCGCGGAGAACAUUCUGAGGAAGCGGUAUGCUCAUGACGAGCGUGAACUAGUGGGAGAACGCGAUCAGAAGAUCUAUUGGCAUUGUAUCAAUCGGUACGCCCGGAAGGAGCCAUCUGGCACAGGUAUCACGCUCUUUCUGGCUCAUGCAAGUGGGUUCCCAAAGGAGACGUGGGAGGCGACUCUGCGGACGCUCUCCGCAUCCGCUGCAGGACCUCUAAUCGAGGAGAUCUGGGCUUGGGAAGCCAUACAACACGGUGACUCCGCUUUACUUAAUGCCAGAACGCUCGGUGGGAUGUAUGAUUGGGCGGAUAAUGCUCGCGAUAUCGUAAAUUUCUUGCUCAAUUACAUGCCUGAUGAGCUAUGCGCGUCCCUCCCCACUGGUCUUCCUCGAGUACCCGCCGCCGUCAGCAAAGCACGCGAAAAGCGCGGCUUCUUAAAACGUACUCUCGUAGCUGUUGGUCACUCGUUUGGGGGUGCAACUUCAGCACUAGCAGCUCUCAAUUUUCCCAAUCUCUUUUCUUCACUUAUUCUAGUUGAUCCUAUGAUUACCCCGCCAGCGAAGCCUGACGUUCUUAGUCAGACGCCAUCUCUCCUUAGUUCUAUUUCGAGACGCGACAAGUGGUCUUCAAGAGAGGAGGCAAAGUCAAUGUUCCAGAAGUCUCCCUUCUUUUCGCGCUGGCACCCCGACAUUCUUGAUCUAUAUGUCGCGUUUGGCCUCGCGGAUGACCCCGCAGGUGGCGUUCGUCUAAAGACGUCCGGCUUGCAAGAAGCGCUUGUCUACGCAAACUCCAGACGUCGCGUCCCAGGCGAGGUCUGGCAGGAUAUUGAGAAGCUUGACCCUCGCAUUACGCUGCGCUGGGCUGGACCUGGUGAGACAGGCCUUGGAAUUAGUGUACCUGGCUCGUUUGCUGUACUUGCAUGGCGCCGACCAGUCAAUGCGUCGAAUAUAUUGAUAGAAGGUGCGGGACAUUUGGUUGUUCAAGAGCAGCCGGUGAAGCUGGCCGAUGAAAUAGCGACGUUCUUGCUUCAUGAGUAUGGAAGCGGAGGCUCGAUGUUCAAGUCGCUCCUAUAGCCUCGUACUCUGGCCUCUUCCGAGCUAGCAUCCAACGAAGUGAAGUAGUAUAUUUCAAUGAGUGACUGAUCUACCCGACUGGUGGCUAAGUAGAGUAAGUAAUGUCCAAUAUCCGAUAUCACGUAGAGGUAGAGUUCGUGUUAGCCUCAGACGCUCCCAAGUCAGUAAACAAUAUGGGAUCACCGCCUUCGUAGUCCAUUUCUGCUGCUACCUCAGCUGUUGUUAGCAGUGAUAUUG